AUGAGUACUUCUUUUAAGGGGUGGAAUUACUACUCGGGUACUAAUUCGGAGGGUCGUAUUCUGGUUUUGUGGCUGCCUCAGGUGGUAUUUGUUGAGAUCCUUUUGGAGAGUGACCAAUUUGUUCACUUACUUGUUAAAGGGAUUAAUUCUAGUAAAGUUUUCUGUGUUACUUUUGUGUAUGGUAGGAAUACUAUAGAGGGUAGAUUUCCUCUAUGGAGAGAUCUUGCUGGGUUAAGAUUCCCUGUGAAACCUUGGGUUGUGGCUGGGGAUUUCAAUGCUGUUUUUGCGGGUAAUGAUAGAGUGGGUGGUCGCAUUAUUACCGUUGUUGAGUUGGAGGAUGCUUGUAAUUGGAGGACUUUGGGGUUAGUUGAUGAGCUGCGUUCCAUAGGGUCUCAUUUUACUUGGACUAACAAUCAAGAAAAUGAUGAUAGAAUUUACUCUAAACUGGAUAGAGUGUUUAAAAAUGAAGAAUGGCUAGAUUUAUACCCUCAAGCUGAAGCUUUGUAUAAUUGGGACCUUCUUUCUGAUCAUUGCUACUGCAUCAUCAAGAUGGGAGCUGCUAAUAAUAGUGGAUUUAAGCCUUUUAGAUUUUUUAAUAUGUGGACUGAGCAUAGGAGUUUCAAAGAUACUGUUUUACAUAGCUGGAAUAAGCCUAUUAAAGGGAGAGGGCUGGUGCGUAUUGUCAGAAAAUUGAGCAGACUUAAGAGUGUUUUAUGCAAGUUUAAUAAACUCAUUGUGGGUGAUGUGGCUAUGCAUUAUAAUCUUGCGAAGGAGAAGUUUCAAAAUGCUCAAGGAUUGCUUCAAAGAAAUCCCCACUUGACUGAGUUGCAAAGGGAGGAAGCUUUGGCUGGUGGGAGUCUUGCUUUUCAUUCUAAAGCUUAUGACAGCUUUUUGAGGAAAAAAAGCAAGGUAGAUUGGCUGCGUUUUGGGGAUGAUAACACGGCUUUUUUUCAUGCUUGUUUAAAGCAAAGGAGAGCCAAUAAUUGCAUCACUUCAGUGGUUUCGGAUUCAGGUGAAUUAAUUGAGAAUUUCGAUGAUGUUGUGAAGCAUUUUGUUCAUCAUUUUCAAAAAAUCAUGGGCAGUAGUAGUAAUGCUUCAGUUCCUGUUCAGUCCUCUUGUUUUAGACUUGGUCAUUGUUUAUCCUUGGAGCAGCAAGUUCAGCUUGUUAGACCGUUUACUAAGAAGGAAGUGAAGGAUGCCAUAUUCAGCGUUAGUUCCAUAAAAAUUCCGGGGCCGGAUGGGUUCGGUUCAAGCUUUUUUAAAGCUAGUGGGGCAGCCUUGAAGCUGAAAUGUCAAAUGCUAUUUUCGAUUUCUUUGAGAGUGAUGUUUUGGCUGAGGAAGUUAACAAGGCUACCAUUUGCUUGGUUCCUAAAGUGGAGACUCCAACUAAGGCGGUAG